UGGAAUCACAAAGUUCCCGGCAUGCAGCAUGCUAGAUGAAGUUCGUCUGAUAAAUCUUUCGCAUCGCAUCCACGUGUUCCCACAUUACCGUCUGACUUCCAAGGAAUCUUCAUCCAGCUCCAACAUACGCCAUGGCCUCCUCUGAACUAGCGUUGCUCAGUGUGUCCGAUAAAAAUGGCUUGUUGGACUUCGCCAAACGUCUGGUUUCGGUGGGCCUGGCCUUGGUGGCAUCAGGUGGCACGGCCAAAGCUUUGCGUGAUGCUGGACUUCAUGUCAGGGAUGUAUCAGAAUUGACGGGCUUCCCCGAGAUGUUGGGUGGAAGGGUUAAGACUCUUCACCCUGCAGUUCACGGGGGUAUUCUAGCCAGACACACCCCCUCAGAUAAAGCUGACAUGGACAAACUAGGCUUCAGCCUUGUGAGAGUGGUGGUGUGUAAUCUAUACCCCUUUGUGAAGACUGUCUCAGCACCUGAUGUUACUGUCGAGGCUGCUGUAGAGCAAAUUGAUAUUGGUGGAGUCACUCUUCUCCGAGCAGCGGCCAAGAACCAUGCCAGAGUCACUAUUGUCUGUGACCCAGCCGAUUAUGACCUGGUUGCUACGGAGAUGGAGGGCUCAGAUACUAAAGAUACAGCCUUGGAGACUCGCAAAACUCUGGCUUUGAAGGCCUUCACACACACGGCACAGUACGAUGACGCCAUCGCCGACUACUUCCGGCGGGAGUACAGCCGGGGUGUGUCCCAGCUGCCCCUGCGCUACGGCAUGAAUCCGCACCAGGCCCCCGCCCAGCUGUACACGCUGCGCCCCUCUCUGCCUAUGACGGUGGUGAAUGGCUCACCAGGCUUCAUUAAUCUGUGUGAUGCCCUCAAUGCCUGGCAGCUGGUGAAAGAGCUGAAGAAUGCUCUGGGCAUGCCAGCGGCUGCCUCCUUCAAGCACGUCAGCCCAGCAGGUGCUGCCGUGGGUGUGGCUCUGACAGAGGAGGAGGCGAAGGUGUGUAUGGUGAACGACAUGCUGCAGGACCUCACGCCACUAGCCACCGCUUACGCCCGCGCCAGAGGCUCUGACAGGAUGUCAUCUUUUGGAGAUUUCAUCGCCCUCUCGGACAUCUGCGAUGUCCCUACCGCCAGAAUCAUCUCUAGAGAGGUGUCGGAUGGAAUCGUUGCUCCAGGCUACGAAGAGGAGGCUCUUCGGAUUCUCUCCAAGAAGAAGAAUGGCAACUACUGUGUGCUCCAGAUGGACCCAUCCUAUGAGCCUGAUGAAACUGAGGUCAGGGUUCUAUUUGGCCUUCAUCUGAAGCAGAAGAGAAAUGGGGCUAACGUGGACAAGGAGCUCUUCAGCAAUGUUGUUUCCAAGGGCAAGUUGUCAGAGAGGGCUGUGCGUGAUCUCAUUGUGGCGAGCAUUGCUGUGAAGUACACCCAGUCCAACUCUGUGUGCUAUGCCAAGGAUGGACAGGUGAUUGGCAUCGGCGCUGGUCAGCAGUCUCGUAUCCACUGCACACGUCUGGCUGGGGACAAGGCUGACAACUGGUGGCUGAGGCACCACCCUCGCGUGAUCAACAUGAAGUUCCGCAGCGGUGUCAAGCGUGCAGAGAUGGCCAACGCCAUCGACCAGUACGUCAGCGGGACCAUCGGAGAGGGCCCGGACCUAGACGCGUGGAAGGCCAUGUUUGAGGAGGUUCCAGAGCUGCUGUCGGAGAUGGAACGCAAGAACUGGAACAGCUCCCUGCAGGCGGUAGCCCUGAGCUCUGAUGCCUUCUUCCCCUUCAGGGACAAUGUGGACCGGGCCAAACGGAGUGGUGUCGAAUACAUCGCUGCUCCCUCUGGCUCCACAGCUGACGAGGUGGUCAUCAAUGCAUGCAACGAGCUUGGCAUCACACUGGUGCACACCAACCUCCGCCUCUUCCACCACUAACUCAAUACACACCAGACGAUUUCAGAACCCCCCCUCUAACAUCUCUAAACUUAGGUCUUCACAAGUUACUGAGCUCACCUCUGACUAAAAGCUGAAAGAUGUCUGAAGCAUUAAAUAGUUGUUCCCCAUUGACACUACAUCAUUCUUACAAUUCCCAGUGUAGAUAGAAAACACACACUUCUAUGCAUUCCAACUGAGUUUGUUAUUCUUAAAAAAUGUCUAGCAUCACUGCCAAGUACAACCUCAUAGGUCAAGCCCCCUCAAGGAUCAAUAAAUUGUUGAUUUCUGACUA